UCGCGGUCCGGUGGACCCACAUAUUUGGUCCCAGUUUUUCUCCUUGGUAGGGCUGCUGCAUGGACUUAUUCAUGAUGAACUGUGAGUUACUGGCUACAUGCAGUGCGCUGGGUUAUCUGGAGGGCGAUAUUUACCACAAAGAACAAGACUGCCUUGAGAGUGUGAAGGAUCUCAUUCGCUACCUGCGACAUGAGGAUGACACACGGGACAUCAGACAGCAGCUGGGAGCAGGACAGAUUCUUCAAAAUGACCUCUUACCUAUCAUCACCCAGCACACAGAGGACAAACCGCUCUUUGAUGCCUGUAUCAGGCUCAUGGUGAACUUGACCCAGCCAGCGCUGCUCUGCUUUGGAAAAGUUCCAGACGAUCCGGCGUUCCGACAUCACUUCCUGCAAGUGACAUCGUACCUUCAGGCCUAUAAAGAGGCGUUUGCAGAUGAGAAAGUUUUUACUGUGCUGAGUGAGACGCUUUACAACCUUCUGCAACUGGGAUGGGAGGAAAGAGCUGAAGAACAUAAUUUACUGAUAGAGAGAAUAUUGCUGCUGGUGAGAAAUGUGCUGCACAUCCCCGCAGACCCCUACGAGGAAAAGAAUGUGGAUGAUGAUGCCAGUGUUCAUGAUAAACUGUUGUGGGCGCUUCACAUGAGUGGACUGGAUGAUCUGCUCAAGUUUCUGGCCUGUGCUCAGAGUGAACAGAAGUGGAGCUUCCACAUACUGGAGAUCAUCUCACUCAUGUUCAAAGAUCAGACUCCUGAGAUGUUGGUGAAUGCAGGACAAAUGCGUUCAGCCGAGGAAAAACAGAAAGAUGCAGAUGAACUGGAACUGCUGAGAAGAAAAGAGCUGGCAGCAAAACGCUGCCGUAAUCUGCAAAGAGGCAACAGACACUCUCGCUUCCGUGGCUCAUAUGUCAUUGAAGGACUGAAAUCCAUUGGUGAGAAAGAUGUGAUUUUUCAUCAAGGACUUCACAAUUUUAUGAACUAUUCUCAUGAUGUGGGAAAGGGUGUGAGACGUGUGCCCAAACGAAAACAGAUCGCUCGAGACUCAGAGAGGCAGCGGCGCUCUGCAUUAAACGUACGUCUCUUCCUGCGUGAGUUCUGCAUCGACUUUUUAGAGAACUGCUACAAUCGACUCAUGUACCUGGUAAAGAUCCUACAAAACCUGAUCAUCCUUCUGAGAGUUUCCCAGUUCUUCCCAGUCCACAGCACUACGAUGGCUGACACAACGUGGCGAAUUCCAUGCAAGGGGACGAAUCAGCUGAUACAAUUAGCUUUUUCUAAGGAGGAUCUCAUCCGUGAGCGGGCCCAGCAGCAUGAUGAGACGUAUUACCUGUGGGCGUUAACCUUCUUCAUGGCCUUUAACCGUGGUCAGAACUACAGACCGGACCUUGUAUCAGAGACUAUGUCCAUCCGCACCUUUCAUUUCAUUGAGAGGAACAUCACUAACUACUAUGAGAUGAUCCUCACAGACCGCAAAGGUGCCACAUCUUGGUAUCGCAGGUCAGUCAACACUUGUGCUCCUUUAUAA